AUGGGGGAUCGCUUAAAAGAUAAGGUGGCAAUUGUAACCGGCGCGGGGUCUGUCGGACCGGGUUGGGGUAACGGCAAGGCGACUGCUGUUCUCUUUGCACGCGAGGGAGCAAAGGUCUUUGCUAUCGACAUUAAUCUCGCUGCAGCCGAAGAGACGAAGGAGAUUAUCGAUCAAGAGGGAGGGGAUUGUACUGCUCAUCAGACAGAUGUUUCCAAGUCCGAAGCAGUCAAGGCGAUGGUGGAACGCUGCCUUGAAACCUACGGCAGCAUCAACAUUCUUCACAAUAACGUCGGUAUUCUUGAAAUCGGCGGCCCUGUCGAAGCGAGCGAAGAAAGCUGGGAUUUCGUUAACAACGUCAAUCUCAAGAGCAUUUUUUUGACUUGCAAAUAUGUACUUCCCCAGAUGGAGCAGCAGGGGGGCGGUGCCAUCGUAAACAUCUCCUCCAUUGCCGGAAUCCGCUGGCUGGGGGUCCCUUACAUCUCUUACAGCACGACGAAAGGGGCAAUCAGGCAGUUCACCCAGAGCGUCGCCCUCCAGUACGCGAAACAGAACAUCCGAGCAAAUAGCAUUCUGCCCGGCUUCAUGAACACACCGAUGGUCGUUAAAUCGCUUGCUAAUAGCUAUGCGGACGGGGAUGUAGAGAAAAUGAUUGAGGUACGGAAUGCCCUCUGCCCCACUGGGAAGAUGGGCGAUGCUUGGGAUGUGGCGUAUGCCGCGCUGUUUCUCGCCUCGGAUGAAGCGAAAUACAUCACCGGGACAGAACUCGUCGUCGAUGGUGGGACGAGUUGUAAAUGCGUCUGA